AUGUCACUUGGUGUGGAGGCUUUCGAAGGAGCGUUUAUUACUGCUCAAGAUGCCAUAUAUGAGGCCAACUUAUCCAGUUUUGAACAUCUUUCGUUAUCUACCUUCCUAAUUCACUCACGUAUUCCUGCUACAACAGGCCAAUAUGUCCUUGACCGAAUAUCCCAGAAUCCCAAAUACACUGCAGAGGAGGUGCUGCUUUCGAUCCGGGCGGAUUUGAAUACUCUAGUCCUGAAAUGUGGUCGUGAUGACCCUGUACAUGCAGAGGCCCAGACUGCGCUUCAUGAGAGAGGUGGCCAUCGAUGCUGUAUCACGGGAUCCCAAGAUGGCGUUAAACCUACCUACAUCUUUGCUCCGUCGAUCCUGCGUGAUCCUGACUUCGGAGAAGGGGCACCGUUACGGCUACUCCUGGAAGCCAUCCUAACCAAGGAUGGAGUUGAGAGGCUGUUUACUUUGCUUGGUUCAUCCAAGACGGAGGAUCAGCUUCAGAAUCUUUGGCUGAUGGGGCCAUCAAUACGCAAAGUUUUCCGUCAUGGCCAUAUUUAUAUUGUGAAAUCGCCUUAUCUUGAAGGAACCAAUGGCAUCGCCUCUAAUCUAGGAGAUGAUGGAGGAUGGAGAGUUGAACUGCAAACUCCCGGUGCGGUUUCGCUAGAGUUACUGGAUGGCCAUUCCUCCUUCUACAAAACCCCUUCAACGGCAGAUCCCGAGAGUCAUCCCCUUCCCGCGGAAUUUCUCUUAAAUGCCCACUAUCGACUUUUCAUUAAUUUGCACAUGUAUCUUGUAGAAUUGGGUGUGAAAAAAGGCUGGCAACCUAUCAAACAAGGUUGGACCAUUGGGCGUGUGGGAAGAUUCUUACUCCGAAAUUUCUUAUCAAUUCUGCCCAGUUCAUUUCGAAUAACAUUAUACAACUUCAUCGACCAACAAAUAGACUACCGAGACCCCACACAAGCUGGCUCCCUUGUGAAGUUGCUUCCGCUUGGCCUUUGUUUGAAGAGAGGCCGUGCGAAUACCGAAAACGAGGCGAGUGCACUACAGCUUGUUGAGAAUCAUUGCUCAAUAAACGCACCAAAAUUGAUUGAUCAUGUUAUUAUCGAUGAAUUCUCUGGUUUCAUUCUAAUGACACGAAUUGAUGGAUAUCCAUUAAACCAGGUAAUGUACCGGACAACGUACGAAGAACGCGAACAGAUAGGGAAAGAUUUGGCCAAGUGGAUUGAUGAGUUCCGGCAGAUUCCCAACAAAUCAAAGCAUCUCAUUGCAGGCGCAUCUGGGGGUCCAAUUUGUGACCACUUGUAUGAAGGGCGUACACCAGGUCCGUUCAACUCCACAGCAGAAUUUGCUGAUGAUAUAACCCAGUUCGUUUUCAAUCUUGAGCAGCAUAAGAGUCAGCAACCGAUUGCCAAGUUGUACAAAAAGCACUACAAUGUUUGUUUCACCCAUAGUGAUCUACACCUGUCAAACAUCAUUGUUCAGGAUGGGCGACUAUUUGGGCUGAUUGAUUGGGAAAAUGCUGGGUUCAAACCAGAGUAUUGGGAGUUUGUUCGAGCUCUGUGGCCUUACGCUGGUGAUAAACGAAGCACCGCGAUAUACCGGACUGCUUUUGGCGAUACAUAUGAAGAUGAAUGGGAAGCGGAGGCGUUUAUUCUGAACAACAGCCCCUUUAUUGUUGGGGGGUAAAUACCAAUACCCUUUCAUAUUUCUAUGUAAAAUGCAAACAAGCGCGGAGUGUAGGCAGAGGGAUCCCCUUUUUUCUUUUUUUGCAGAAAUUUUGUAAUAGAUUUCAGUCACUACGGUAUUGUAAGGUCCUGCCUGGCAUUUGUGUUUC